GUCAGUUUCUAUUUUGGUUUCCGGGCAAGCGAAAACACAAGAUUAUGACAAAAAGACGCUGAUCACUCACCGCAGCGACAAUUUCCCAGCCAAAGAAGUACAAUGGACGAAGACCCUACUAUCGUUGAAUAUUUCAGAGAGCAUGAACGCUACAGAUGUGGAUACUGUGGUUCAAAAGACACAAACUAUUCCCAUGGAAUGUGGGCCCAUCAGAUGACUGUACAAGAUUAUCAAGAUUUGAUAGACAGAGGCUGGAGGAGGAGCGGUAAGUACUGCUACAAACCCACCAUGAAGCUCACCUGUUGUCCUCAGUACACCAUUCGCUGCGACACUUCUGGGUUCAAGCUUAACAAAUCUCAUAAGAAGGUCAUCAAGAAAGUGAAUCGUUUUCUCAUCACUGGGGUCAAAAGUAGUGCGGAGGAAGAUGCAAAGGACAACGAUGGGCAGGAGAAAGAAUGCGGGGAUGUGGCGGUGGGCGGCUCAAAAGCUGCGGAGAAUGCUUUGGCUGAUCGUGCCAGGCCAAGUGAUAUAGAGAUGCCAAGAGAUAUUAAGAAAAAGAAGGCAGAUAAUCCUGAAACCUCCACCGAGAUAAAGGGGGAAGAACCUGUUUCCAUGGUAACUGGGAAUGAAGCAAAGCAGCCCAGUGCCCCCCUCAAAGCGACCACUACUCCGUCCAAUUCUGAAAAAAGCAUUCCGAGACAAGGCUCUGGGGCAGAUCCCAACAAACCGGCAUGUCGAAAAGCUAAAGAGAUCAGGGCUGAGAGGCGCCAGAUGAAGCAAGCUAAAGCAGGGGACUCCGGGGUCCAACAGAAAAAGCAGAAGCAGAGCAAUGAGAAAUCUCUGGAAGAUUUCCUUAGUGAACCAGACAAGGCAGAGAAUCCUGCACACAAAUUAGAGCUGCGAUUGGUUAGGUCGAGUCGUCCGAGCAGGACCUUCACCGAGACCUUCAAGGACGCUCAUGGGAUCUAUCACAAGUACCAGAUGGCCAUCCACAAGGACCCUCCAGAAAAGCCCAACGUAAAGCAGUACACUCGCUUCCUGUGUGACUCUCCCCUCACGGAGAAGCAUAUAGAAGGUGGAAUUCCGGAUGGGUAUGGAUCAUUCCAUCAGCACUACCUCCUGGACGGGAAAAUCAUCGCCGUGGGUGUCAUUGACAUCCUGCCGGCUUGCGUGUCCUCUGUCUAUUUCUACUACGACCCGGAGUACAGCUUCCUCGGGCUCGGGGUCUACUCUGCUCUCAGAGAGAUUGCCUUUGUGAGGCAGCUGCAGCGUUUGGCCCCAGAGCUCAAGUACUACUACAUGGGUUUCUACAUCCACUCCUGCCCCAAGAUGCGCUACAAGGGACAGUACACCGGCUCGUUUAUCUCCUGUCCCGAGACCUACUCCUGGGUGCCCAUCGAGAAAUGUCGCCCCAAACUGGACGCAAGCAACUACGCACGUCUGGAGGAGGAGGGAGUCGAGGAUAAGGACAAAGACGUGGAUUUGAACCAGGUCCUCUGCCUACACCAGGGAACCAUGCUGCCCUACGCAUUCUACAAGAUGAUGAAGAAGUCGAAAACCCCAGAUGAGGAUGAGGUUCGAGAGUACGCGGGUUUCGUCGGAAAAACUUGUGCUGAGCGAAUGCUUCUGGUGCGAAAGUGAUAAGUGGCAAUGAGUUGGGUUUUUUUUUUGGGGGGGGGGGGGGUUGUGGUGACUUUAGCAUCUGUGUUUUAUUGGGGAAACUUACGCUUAUGCUUUUUUUUUUACCACAGUGACCUAGAGCGAUAACAACAAUAACAACAACUGGAUCGAUAACAACGUUCAAAGUGAUGAUUUGCAAAGAUUGUUUUUCUGAUAACUUCAGCAUCUAUGCUUUGUUGGAUAAACUCGUGCUGAGCAAAAAUUAGAUGCUUCUUGUUUAGAAGUGAUUAUUGGCAAAGUUUAUCUGAUGACUUAUACAAUUGUGGUAGUCUUAAGAUAUUAGCAUGUCAAACUGGGAAGGGUGAGAGAGAGAGCUGUAUUCUGUAUUUUUUAUGGGUCGCUGUAUAAUAAGGCCCUGUUACAAGCAUCCAUAUAUUGCGCAGACUAAAGAAAAACAUGAUAAGUGACUGGAUCUUAUUUCAUGAAAAGUCUUCACGAUAAAAAAUACUGUUUUAAAUCUUUUUCUGAAAGAAAGUUUUCAAAUUUUGUAGUUUCUAGGGGUGGGGUUUAGACUCGGGCUUAACUGAAAAACCGCAUAAUAUGGAGGUGACUGUUGUGUGUCGUAAAUGAAACAAGAAUUUUUCUUUCCAAUGUAGGAAUAAUAGUUGUUUUGUUUUUUUUCUUGAAUAAACCUUCAGUUGCGGGCUGUCUUUGUGAUUCUUUAUUGUAUUUCCUGUCUGAGUGUUCGCUUUUUACAUGCUGAUAGAUUUGUAUAUCGUCUGUUUAAAUCUACAAAAAUGUUACUGGUAUCGUUUUUUAAAGACAGUGGUGUGUGUUACAACUUCACUGAUGAUGGAAUGUGAUGUAUUUGUCUCCACAUAAAAAAAAAUCUCUCAAACGCAGUUAACUCUUUCUCUACCAAAUCAUUUUGCGGACAUUUUUUCCUUUUAUAAUUGAAAUCAGAAAGAAAGAAUUAUUUGUUAUAAAUUUUUUUAGACAGAGAGUCUCAAAUGGGUUAUAUACCAAAAUGCAGGGAAAUGAAGUUUCUUUUAGACAAUUUUUGAAAAAACCCACAAAAAUAAGUAACCUGAGCAUAAAGUAAUUGUUUGUGUUUGUCUAAAGAAUCUGGAGUGGAAGAGAUUGAGUAUUUGUAGAACCAUGAAAUGGGGCUCAUGGUAGGGGAUGAGUUAAGAAGUUCAUGUGAUGUCCCAUGCUGGCUUGUGGCUUCUUCGGAGGGUGUGAUCAACUGCUUGCUUCUUGUGUCUCUGUGUGUGCGUCUGUUUCUCCUUCAAUUCCCAGGUCUCUAUAUAUCAUGGUAGCUCGUUUAUUUGUCUACAGUGUCUGUUUCACUAUUUUAUCUCAUAAACUCACUUCAGGCAGGUUUUAGUUUUAGAAAGAGAUUUUCAGUGCUUGCAACUCGGUUAGGUCAUAUGAGUGCCAAAGAUUAGAGGUGUUGUGUUACGAGAGAGUAGCAAACUCAAAAAA